GUAUUCCCUCCAUAUUCUAAUUUUUCCUCUAAAUUCUCUCCCGCAAAAAUGUUAUACCCUCUCGUACCCUCUCAUACCUAGAAAUUAGAUUAAAGAAAACAAUUCAUACGGUCACCAUCACUUUGCUCUCUAAAUUAAAUUUUUGGCCAGCAUCACUUUGCUCUCUAAAUCACCAUCGGCAAUGAAAUUUCUGGCUACCAUCAAAAUUCUUUGGCUCAUGCCGAUAGUUCUAUUGUGAUCACAUUGAUCAGUAACAAAGACGAUCUAGUCGACUUGAGGGCAGUUUCAACUGAAGAUGCAGUCGAAUUUGCAUAGAGGCAAGGGCUAUUUUUUUCUGAGACAUCAGCUCUUAGCGGCCACAAUGUAGAGUCAGCAUUCUUGAAACUAUUGGAAGAAACAUAUAAAGUGGUGUCAAGGAAGACUUUGUUGAUAGGUUCUAGUGCUCAUGGAAAUCACAUCAAAGAAACCAAUAAUGGGUUGCUUAAAGGAUUGAAAAUUGAUGUUAUUUCUGGUUCUGAUUUUGAGGUUUUGAGAUUGUUGGUGAAAUUGAUCUUCUCGUUCACUUUUUUAUCUUCAUCGUUAAAGUAUUCUGCUUAGCAGCGAAUCAACUUUAAGGGGCGAUGAUAUGAGAGGAAUGAUACAUGAUGUCUUUGGAGGCUUUACACAAUUCAUGGAGACUAUGUUAGUGAAAGAGGUCAGAUGGAACCAAACCUACAAGAAAAUACUGCUCAUCCAUCUGGAAAUCAACCUCAUUCAGAGGUGGAUAAGUUUGAACGGCUCAUGAAGGGGGCUAAUGAAGAACUAUAUCCUGGAUGCAAGAAAUUUUGAAAACUGUCCUUUUUGCUGCAUAUCUAUCGUACAAAAUGCAUGUUCAAAUGGUCAAAUGAAUCUUUUAAUGCUUUCCUUGGACUAUUGAAGGAUGUGUUGCCUGAAGGGGAAAUAUUGCCUCCUUCUUUCUAUGAGACCAAAAAGAUAGUUGAAAGCUUGGGCUUAAAAUAUAAAAAGAUUCAUGCUUGUCCGAACGAUUGCAUGCUUUUUAGGAAAGAGUUUGCUAAUAAGGAUGUCAAUGAGUGCAAUUGUGGGGCUUCUAGAUGGAAAAAUAAUGUUAAAAAAAUUCCAGCCAAGGUUGUAAGGUAUUUUCCUUUAAAGCCAAGGCUGCAAAGAUUGUUUAUGUCUUCAGAAACAUCUAAAGCAAUGUGAUGGCAUCAUGAAGAGCGAAACAAAGAUGGAGUUCUAAGACAUCUUGCAGAUUCUGAAGCUUGGAAGAGUUUUGAUAGUAAAUAUCCCAAAUUUGCUAGAGAUCCUUGCAAUAUCCGCCUAGGAUUAGGUUCUUAUGGGUUUAAUUCAUUUGGUGCAAUGCGAACUAUUCAUAGUACAUGGCCAGUUAUUUUAAUGCCAUAUAAUCUUCCACCAUGGAUAUGCAUGAAGCAAGAGUUCUUCAUUCUGUCCUUACUUAUUCCUGGACCGAAAGCGUCUGGCAGUAAUAUUGAUGUCUUUUUGCAACCUUUAAUAGAAGAGUUAAAUGAAUUAUGUGAUGUCGGGGUAGAAACAUAUGAUGCCUCUGCUAAGAAGAUAUUUCAAAUGUGAGAAGCUCUCACGAGAACUAUAAAUGAUUUUCCAGCAUAUGGUACUCUCUCUGGAUGGUGCACUUAUGAUCUGUUUGCAUGCCCUUCUUGCAACAUAAACACUCAAUCUAGAAGGCUCAGACAUGGCAAAAAGUUUUGUUACAUGGGGCAUCGACGCUUCUUGAAGUUGAGACAUAAAUAUCGGAAUGAUGCAAAAUCAUUUGAUGGGACUAAGGAAACAAGACUUGCACCUUGUCUAGUAUCUGGGUCACUAGUGCUGAAUCAAAUUAAAGAUAUAAAGUUUAUUGUCGGCCAGUCUAGUGAAGGGGUAAGUGGGGUGAUGAAAAAUACAUGGAAAAAGAGGAGCAUUUUUUUCAAUCUUCCUUAUUGGGAGUCUAACUUGGUGCGCCAUAAUCUUGAUGUGAUGCACAUAGAAAAAAAUGUAUGUGAUAACUUAAUUUAUACAUUAUUAGGUCUUGGUAAAAAAUCUAAAGACAACUUAGAAGCUCGACUAGACUUGAAGGAUAUGAAAAUAAGACCAAGCUUAUGGCCUCAAUAUCCAGCUAGUGGGAGAGCAUAUCUUCCUGCUACUUUCUUCAUAAUGUCUCUGAAGGAAAAAGAGUUAUUUUUUGAAGUACUACAAAAUGCCAAGUUUCCACAUGGCUAUGCAUCUAAUAUCUCACGUUGCAUUCGCAAACGAAAUAUAUCUGGGCUAAAAACUCAUGAUUGCCAUGUUAUAAUGCAAGAACUUCUUUCUCUUGCCUUGCGGAGAUCAAUAGAUAAAAGAGUCAAUUCAGUUAUAAUUAAGCUAUGCACAUUCUUUCGUGCUCUGUGUAGCAAAGAGCUAAAACUAGAUGAGUUAAAGUUACUUGAAGAAAAAAUUUCAGAAAUAUUGUCUACUAUGGAGAAACUCUUUCUCCCAGGAUUCUUUACUAUUAUGGUACACUUGGUUAUUCACUUGGCAGCUGAGGCUGAACAUGCGGGGCCAGUACAUUAUCGUUGGAUGUACCCAAUUGAGAGGUACUUGGCUACGUUAAAAUCAUAUGUUCAUAAUUGUGCAUGCCCAGAAGGUUCAAUAGCAGAGGCAUAUAUAGCAAAUGAAUGCUUGACAUUUUGCUCACGAUAUCUGGAGGGUGGAGAUUCAAGAUUUUAUUGCUCAAGAAAAUGCGAUGACGACAUUGAGCAUGCUACUAGUAAAGAGAAAUGUCUUUUUCCUACUGUUGGGGAGUCAUAUGGUGGAGUAGAUGUAUUUGAGUUGGAUGAGAAAAUAUGGUUGCAAGCACAUCGACAUGUGCUUUUCAAUUGCGAUUCAGAGGUGGUUGAGAAUUAUAAAAAUUAAGUGUUAUAUCUACUAUUGAAUAUAUGUA